AUGAAGCCUCACACUUUUCAUCAGAAAUUUUGCGCCCUCCGAUCAUCACCAGCACUGGCGUCUCUAGCACGACCGAUUAAACCCAAUUUUUUCCAAGCCCUGGUAACAAUCAAGAAGCGAUCUAGACAUUUCGCUACCACGUGUACUAGCCGCCAGGAUGACAUCAUGAAGACAACUAUCGUUCCGGAAAUUGUUCCAAAUAAAUUACCGAUUGAGAACGCGAACUCCAAGCAAGGAAAUCUUAACCGCCUGAUAGGGACCUUGUACGAGAUACAUUCAAUAAAAUGCAUGAAGGAGAUCUUGUUCAUGAAAGACUUGGUUCACGUCGGUAAAAGAGGAAGCCAAGAUGGGGGGAUUGAUAUCAGAGGUUGGCUAUAUUCGAAUCAGGAAACGGCAACCCAGUCUUGUUCGUCGCAAGAUCGACAAGGAAAUGCAGACAAACCAGACCAAGCUCAACAAUCGGACGAUGCUGAUCACACAAAACAAGAAAGAUUUAUCAGAGUGAUUGCUCAGUGUAAAUGUUCGCGGGGCGAGUUAAAAAUCGUCCGGGAGUUAGAAGGAUUAGUCGGCUCAAGUCCAACUCAUACCAACUCAUCGACCUUGAAGCCUACGCUUGGUUUACUCUUCGCUUCACGGGGAUUCACCAGUGCAAGUCUCGCUCGAGCGGAAAGGAGCCCGUUCCCUCUGGUUCUCGUCUCACUCGAUAUGCCCUCUAGCUUGGUAUUAUCACUGGAUGGUGCCGUUAAGGAUAAUAUCGAGCCCAAUAAUCAUCAGUGCAAGAUCAGCAAUUGUUAUCCAAACCCAGUCGCGGUCCGACUGAUCAAUCCGUUUGAAUUCAUUCGGGUCUCCAAGUUAACAUCCGAUGGUUUACCAGCCGAGCAAUCUUGGAUCUUGGUUAACCGAUCCAUCAACAAGCCCCACGUAUUCUAA